CGCUGUCGCCACCGCCGCCGCUGCUGAAGCCGCGGCUGAUGGAUGCCAGGGAGUGCCGCAUUGCUUAGCGACCCCGCCUCCGGGUUUGCUGAUGAUCUCUCUCCACCCUGGAGCUCAGCGCUGAAGAGCUACCUUAUUAUUAAUCAGAAUUUCCAUCGCUACCCCUGGCAGGCGUAUCCUUCAGCAGGGACCGCAGGAAUAUUCACAGUGCAGGGGCUGAGAUGUGCGUGGGCGUUGUUUUUGUUACAUCUUGGAAGAUAAGAGAAGAGGACAGUACCAAGAUCAGAAUCACCCGUGCUAGAUGGAUUUAGGGGUGAUUUGUUAGGAAAGAGAAAGGACAAGGAGAGGAGUGCGGAGCCCUUCAGGGGUUCACCUCUCUUUAAAGGAAAGGGAAGAGGGAGCCAAAGUGGGGUGUUGUAUUUUAGGGGGCGGAGGAAGAAGUUUACACCCCCCAGCCCCCCAGCAAAGCUGGGGGAAAGCAGGAGCAACAGGGCACUUGAUUGGACACCAAGAUUAUUAAUUUCCUGUAAGGGAGAGGAAGCAGGCAGCAGGAGGUCUGGGGGCUGGAGUCUGGUGGUGGCAAGGGCCAGGUUUGCUUUGGGACAGUCAACAAGGGCUUCUGAGGGAAACCUCGGGGAUAGGCAGAACAAUGACUCAUUUGCAAGCCGGUCUCUCCCCUGAAACCCUGGAGAAAGCUCGCCUGGAGCUCAAUGAAAACCCAGACACGCUGCACCAGGACAUCCAGGAGGUGAGGGAUAUGGUCAUCACCAGGCCAGACAUUGGCUUUCUGCGCACAGAUGAUGCCUUCAUCUUACGCUUCUUGCGGGCUAGGAAGUUUCAUCACUUUGAGGCCUUCCGCCUCCUGGCACAGUACUUUGAGUACCGGCAGCAGAACCUGGACAUGUUCAAAAGCUUUAAGGCCACCGACCCUGGCAUCAAGCAGGCACUGAAGGAUGGCUUCCCUGGGGGCCUGGCCAAUCUGGACCACUAUGGCAGGAAGAUUCUAGUCCUUUUUGCUGCCAAUUGGGAUCAGAGCAGGUACACAUUGGUGGAUAUUUUGCGUGCCAUCUUACUUUCUUUAGAAGCCAUGAUUGAAGAUCCUGAGCUUCAAGUGAAUGGAUUUGUUUUGAUCAUAGACUGGAGUAACUUCACUUUCAAGCAAGCCUCUAAACUCACACCAAGUAUGCUGCGAUUAGCUAUUGAAGGCCUGCAGGAUAGUUUCCCAGCGCGAUUUGGAGGAAUUCAUUUUGUUAAUCAACCAUGGUAUAUCCAUGCCCUGUACACCGUGAUCCGGCCUUUCCUGAAGGAGAAAACUCGGAAAAGGAUAUUUUUGCAUGGUAACAACCUGAACAGUCUACACCAACUAAUUCAUCCUGAGAUCCUGCCCUCCGAGUUUGGAGGAAUGCUGCCUCCUUAUGACAUGGGGACAUGGGCAAGAACACUGCUAGACCAUGAAUAUGACGAUGACAGCGAGUACAAUGUAGACUCCUACAGCAUGCCUGUGAAGGAAGUAGAGAAGGAACUCUCCCCAAAGUCCAUGAAGAGAUCUCAAUCAGUAGUGGAUCCUACAGUACUAAAACGCAUGGAUAAAAAUGAGGAAGAAAACAUGCAACCAUUGCUUUCUCUGGACUAAUAACUUCUCUACAUCCCCUUCAUGGAUUAGAAAUGGAAAGUAUUGGUUUUCAGCAACAGGGACAACACUGUGGAGGAAUUACCAGCUGGAAACCGACUUAUUCAUGUUAAUGUAGCAUAAUAUAUAAUAAGGCAUCAGGCUUUCCUUGGCCUGAACCAUGGGGGCCCUGGGCUGGAUUUUUAAAAUGUCAAUAAUUUAUUCUGUAAGUGCCAAGUUCUUUGUAAAUAUGAUAUAAUCUUCAUGUCAAGUUUGUAAAUUUCAGUAGUAACUCAGUUUGGAAAAAGGUUGGCUCAAAAGUCUAUGCCAGUGAUACAAACUAUAACAAAAAGCAGAAAAGACACAAUCAAAGCUAAUUAAAUGUAGCCCUCUUUCCUAUGAAGCCAUAUUUCAGCUAUCAUAGUGAUUGUUUCAUUGUUUUUCUCUGAAACUCUGUCAGUAUUCAAACAUUCUCUUAAUGGGCACACACAACUAAAUGAUUCCAGGAAAUUUUAUGAUUAGUGUAUUUCCUGUCUAGUGAUUUUCAUUUCAGAGAAAUGUAUCUUAGUAACUAUCAUUGGCCUUGCAUUUUGGAGGCAAGGAAUGGCAGAUGAGCUGGUAAACUGAACACUUGAACUCUUCUAUGUUGUUUGUUUAAUUCUUGGAAUCUUGUGAAAAGAUGUGUUUCCUCAAUUAAGAUGUAGAAAUGUAAAAAAGAGUGGAUUCUUUUUAAA